UUUCGUUUCUCAAUGCGGAAUUUUGCAGACCAUGUCUUCAAUGGAAGUGUUUGGCUGCGUCUCUCGCAGUCGUUCGAUUAUUUGAGACACUCUCUCCAUGGUAGAUACUUAAGGCAGUCUGCAAAAAGAUUUUGACGUACAAUGGCAAGUAAUCCCCAAAAUAACUCCUUACAAACUGCCGAUGAAGACUGUAGAACAGACCCUGAGAACGACACUGCAGAAAUUACCAAGCCUGGUACUGCCAGUAUCUCAGUUGAACAAGAGUCUAAAGUCACUGAUACCAGCAUACAAAAUGCUAACUUGGAGCAGGAGGGGUUUUCCAGAGCUGGGUGAUAUAGGUGGAAUGGGAAUUGGCAGCACUACACGCCGUGUUUUACAUCAUCCUGACUUUCUUACUGAUCCACACAAGGCAGCCGAGUACGUUUGGGAUUCUUCAGGUCGCUUUGUAGCUCCAAACGGAGGUGUCAUGCGCACUUCAAUUCUAGGGGUCCAUAACUUUGGUGACAUUUAUGCAGUGAUAGAAAACACCAAGGCGGCUUGUAAAGUCACCCAUGCAGACCCAAGAUGUAUUGCGUCUUGUGUCGAAGAGGGUUUGAAAAAGCACGUGUUUGCUAAGUCAUUGAAAAAUCUACAACUUGACGGACAUGGCAAAAUAGGCUACACUUACAAAUGCUUAGGCGCUGGAAUUUGGUCAUUGAGGCAAGAUGAUUUUCGUGCUGCUAUAGAGGAUGUGGCAUUUGAGGCUGGAGACGCUGACACAAAUGGUGCUGUAGCGGGGGCGCUGUUAGGCUGUAAACUGGGUGCCAGUAAACUGCCGGAGUCUUGGCUCAAUAACUUGCUGAAUAAAGCGUGGCUAGAUGAGAAGAUUGAGAGGUUCCUGGCUCUACUUGGUCUGAGUGAGUGAAGAAUGAAAAACAGCGCCUUAUUUGGCACUUAAAAUCCAAUUUUAGAUGCUCUUCAAAAGUACUUCAUAUUAGAUCCGAGCUGAUAUUUCUAAAAUUUAAAGGGGAUAUGUUUUCUUAACUUUUGACAUAAUAUUGUUUUUGUUUUUGGAUUAUUAUGGAAUGCGCAUUGAUACUAUUCAUAUGUUGAUUUGCGCAGUACAAGCCCUAAAUUAUUAUUUACAUUUCAAAUUUUAACUUAUAGGUGUAAAAAAUAAAGAGAUUAGUGCCUGCGCUAGAAAAUCAAACAGUUUUAGCUUCAUGUUAAUGUUCUAACACACCUGCACACCCACACACAUCCACCCCCCUGAGAAGUAUUAUGACAGAAGUCAUCAAACUCAGGUAACAGUUUAAGUAUGUUCCCUAAAAAUGGAACUAAAAAUGCUAGAUUAAUGGGGGACAAAAUACGUAAGUUGAGCACUCCCAAAUAUAUAUGGAGAUGUAGUUAGUGUAUGAAAAUAUUAAUAAAACUCUGGACGUAA